AUGUUUAUGCAGCAAAAUAUUCCAAUUUUAUCCCAACUGAUUGAUCGUGAACUCGGCUUCAAACGGAGAAGAAUUGAUGUUGAUCCAUCACUAUAUGCCCAUAAGCUUUCACUUUAUUUAAGAGGCAGAGAAAUCCCGAUUAAAAAUCGUGACAAAAUUUUUGCUAGUCAGUGGCUCACUCACGAUGAGAUUUUAAUCGGUUCUAAGUGCAAUAACCUUAGUCUUCUUAAUAUCAAGACAAAUAAUAUUGUUGAAAUUCCUUUGUUGAAGAGGCAGGGAAGAAAUCAGUCGGGAAAUGAUUCUUGCCAGUGUGGAAUUCAUGCUAUCCAGAAGAACCAGAGUGAUACAAUUUUUGCAACGGGUGGCGAUCAUGUUAAUGACAUCGGCGUCUAUGGUAUUCCUUCUCUCAUGCCUAUGUGCUUGCUACAGAAACAUCACUGGGAAUGUAUUUUUGAUCUACGAUUUAUUGAGGAUGAUGUUUUAGCUGCAUGCUCUCGAGAAGCCCGGUUAGCACUAUGGAAGAUACCGGUAGAUGAUGCGAAUUCCUCUCCGGUAAUAAAUCAUGACCCAGGAUCCUCCAUAACUAAUCCCAUUCGAUUUCCCACCUAUCCAUCCUUGAGUGAACCUAGCGGGUCUACGUUUCGCACAGGGCCAGAUAAGUUUAGGGCUAUUGAACACCUUCCCACGCAAGACUGCAUGGCUGUUGUCUCUAUGACGCAUAAAUUAUACAUGUAUAAUUUAACAUCUCUUCAAUCCUCAAUAUCUAUUGAUCUUGAGCCAUUCCUUGAGAUGUCUAUUAUGUCUUCGGAUGUCGAGGGUGUUUCUAUGCGUAGAUGGCCCUGUAAUCCACAUGUAUUCACCAUGGCGACACGUCGUUCUGUACUGAUAUUUGAUGUUCGUACUAGAUAUCCUACUCGCAGACUAACUCCCAAUUGCAUUCAACCACCCGAAUAUUUUAACGCUUCCAAUGGCUGUGUCCGCUCCCUUAAUUAUUCUGGCAAUAUUCUUUCUUAUGGAACCUCGACAGGAAAUGUGCAUUUUUUCGAUCUUGUUGCUGACAAGCAUCUUCCUACCCACUUUGACUGCGCAAAUGUUACAAAACAUGUCAUCAAUUCCACUAACAGUAACAAUAACAACUCGGUUCAAUCUAACGGUGAUAUACCAGAUUUGGCGUCUUCGGCUGUUCGGAUACGGAGAGGUUAUACAAGAUCCUCGUCUAGGUCUUCAGCCUACACUGCACGGUGGAAUGUGGAGGACUUAAAUUUACUUAAUUUUAUCGAAUCUCUUCCCGCUCCUCAAACAGUUAGAGAACAAACUCUAAUGGCCACUACUAAUCGAACAGGACCAGUCAAUAAUCCUGUUCGAAUUACUGUACGUAAUCUCCAUUCUACCAGUCCAACUAUAGAAGUUUCUAAUGAUUUGGAUGACUUUAUUGAAUCAGAAAGGUUCCUCGAAAUACUAGAGGAUCCUUCAUUUUCAUCAUCACCGAGCGAUGCGAUUUUUUCGGAUGCAAAUUUUUAUAGAUCUCCACCACCACCGAGGUCAUACCACGCUAUCUAUACUCAUGAGUACGAUCCCAGUGGCAUUCGAUUAUUUACCGCGGGUGGUCCCAUAAUCACCGCUUACUCAGGAAAUUUUGCUGUUCUCUGGGAGUAG